GCGGCAAUGCAAACUAGAAAGAGCGGGAAGGAAAGGAGAAGAGAGAGAGGGCCAUGGCCGCGGGAGAAGCACCGAAGCAUCUUCUCUCCCUACUCCGUGAUUUUGCUUCUGAAAAGUCUCAAGGAGAGCGCAGAGUUGCAGGGCUUAAGAAGCGUAUAUCUGAGUUACAACCAGAAUUAGAGUCAGCUAACCUUCAAUUGGAGGAUGUAAAGCGCAGAAAGGAGGCAGCGGAGCACCAUGUCAGAGGUUUGGAGGUUGAAUUGGCUUGUGCUGAAGCCUUAUUGCAAGCUCGUCAGGCAAGACUUUCUUCUCAGCAGGAUGCGAUGUCAAGCAUUCGUGCGGAAUUUGAAGCUCUAAAGAAGGGAGAGGACCUUGCACGGGAAGAUUUUCUCAACCAAAUGUUCGAGUUUAAUAAGAGGAUAAGAAAAUAUUUUGAAAUCCACAGGGAAUCACAUCGACCAGCUGUGCUUAGAGGAGAUAGUGAAGUUUCAUCAACUGAAGUAGGAAAUGGUAUAGCAGUCUGCAAUGACAGCAUGAACACAUCAGUCGAUAUUCAGCAUCUUACAAAAAGUCACGAGAAUGCCCUCACAUGUCUCAUGGAUGAAAUAUCUAUAAAACAAGGAGCAUAUCAGGAAGAUCAAGCAGUGCAAAAAAAGAUCCUACAAGAACUAGCUCAACAGGAGAAAAGGAUUUUGCUCAUUGAGGCAGUUGCAAAGGAAUCGGAAGAGUUGCAGGCUGUAUCAAUGCAGACUGCAGAGCUGGAGAAAGUCUACACAUCUCUUGGAGACAAGUUGCAGACAAAGUUUAGAUGUCCACGCUGCAAUCUUGAUAAUAUAGGGCAGUUGGGGGAGACUUUCGGUGGAGCUUAGACAUCAUGCCACAGACUUAUGGGAUCCUGGUAUGGUUUUCUUUUUUUCUUUUUGCCUUUUUUCUUUUUUGGGGAUUAGUGAUCAUGGUAAGCAUUUCAUGAGAGAACCGUAUGGAGAGAUUAGCCAGUUUCAUUUGUUCAGAUUAGAUUUCUUGUAUACGUAUUGGGGAUUAUACUGCUAGCAAGACUUAAUUUGUUUCUCUUUGAUUCUCUCUUCUUUCUGUUUUCAUGAUUUGCGAUAUGCAUGUAAUAAUGUGUAGCUAACUGGAAUUAGGAUCAUGCCUCUGGCAAACAGGUUCAGGCCUGACAUUGUUGCUCAUUUUUCAUGCUACUAAGAAUCUGAACCAAAACUUUUGUCUUCAGAGAAACUAGUUGAUGCUUGAAAAUCUUUGUGGUUGAACUCAAUAUUUGGUACUCCUGGCUGCACACCUCAUGGUUUGAAUAUAAUUUUUAGGUACUUGAUAAUCAGAAAAGUAUUUUGUAAAGUUGCGGCUUUAUAUGGUUGCACCUCAAAUCUCACUUGAAAAUGCAAAUUCAUCAUUGACAAUCCUGCAUAUUAUUUAUUUCUUCUGUGAGGAUUAUUGAUCUAAAUAAAAGGUUUUCAAGCUCUAAAAUGGUUAAUCUUGUAACAUUUUUGUCAAACUGCCUAUUUCAAAUUUUCACAUAUCCACACUAUUUUUAGAGCUUCAAAUUCCAUUAAUCAGUAGCAGAAAUCAAUAUGCAGGCUAGCACAAGAUCUCUUGACACCAUAUCUCUCUGUUUUUUCUUUUUUUUUUUAUUGGCUGCAUUUUGUUGUGCAAUCUUCCCCAAUUUCAUUGAACUGGGGGCUUACCAAAACCUCAUCCUUAGUAAAAUCACAAAGAUAUCCCUGAAGAUAUAAAAUGUUUGGUUGAGAAAAACCGCCCGUUACUAACCAAAGUUACCCUAAUUGGUUGAAAACAAGUAGCACCAUAUAGGGACUAAUUUGGAUGUUGCCCCAAACAGUGGUGAUGACCCGUCUUGAAUUGUUAGCAUCUUUGUGUGCUUCUUCCUUGUUUUUUCACGUGCCAUGCGCUUGUGAAACCUGGGGGAUAAAGUAAAAGAUGUCUGCACCUACCCCAGGUUUUUGGGUGUAGCCACCAUCAUUUGAACUUGUCUCCCCGUGAAACUUGUAUUUUCUUAAGUGAGUAGGUUUGGAUAUUUGUGUGGCCGAAGCUGCAAACUUGUGUUUUUUUAAUUCGGAGACAAUUGUAGAUAUCUAAUAUCUUAACCCAUCUUUAAUUUAAAAACAAUAUUGAUUGGUU